UGACACAGUGCCGGGACGGGAAAGGCCUGUGCUGGCCCAAAUGGCAGGCAUCUCACAUGUGGCAUCUUUCUUUCUCUUUCUCUGCAUUGGCCAGAGAGAAGUAACAGUUCAGAAAGGGCCGCUGUUCAGAGCUCAAGGUUACCCUGUCAGCAUCAGCUGCAAGGUCACUGGCCACCAGGGACCCUCUGAGCAGCAUUUCCAGUGGUCUAUUUACCUGCCGUCAGCCCCGACCCAGGAGGUUCAGAUCGUUAGUACCAAGGAUGCCGAUUUCUCCUACGCAGUGUAUGGGCAGCGGGUGCGAAACGGAAAAAUCUACGUGGAGAGGCUCCAGGGCAACUCAGUCCUGUUGCACAUCUCAGAGCUCCAAAUGAAGGAUGCUGGCGAGUAUGAGUGCCACACACCGAACACGGAUGCGAAAUACUAUGGGAGUUACAGUGCAAAGACCAAUCUAACUGUUAUUCCAGAUACCCUCUCUGCCACCAUGAGUUCUCAGACUCUCAGGAAAGAGGAAGGUGAGCCAUUAGAACUCACCUGUGAGGCAUCCAAAGCCACAGCUCAACAUACUCACCUCUCUGUCACCUGGUACCUGAUGCAGGAUGGAGGAAGAAGCCAAGCCACCAAGAUUAUUUCUCUCUCCAAAGACUUUAUGCUGACCCCCGGGCCCUCUUAUGCAGAGAGGUUUGCAGCCGGCCAGGUGCGGCUCAGCAAGCUUGGGGCCACGACCUUCAGGCUGUCCAUAGAGAGCCUCCAGCCCUCGGAUCAAGGCCAGCUGUUCUGUGAGGCAAUGGAAUGGAUUCAGGAUCCAGACGAAACCUGGACGUUCAUCACAAAAAAGCAGACAGAUCAAACCACUCUGAGGAUUCAGCCAACAGUGAGAGAUUUUCAAGUCAACAUUACAACUGACAGCUCGUUUGCUGAAGGGACACCCUUAGAACUGGUCUGCCUGGUUGUGGGAAGUGGGCCCAACCCACAGCUUCAGGGCAUUUGGUUCUUCAAUGGGAUUGAAAUUGCCCGAGUGGAUGCUGGUGGAGUCCUGGGCCUGAAGAAUGACUACAAAGAGAGGGCAAGUCACGGGCAGCUCCAGGUCUCAAAGUCAGGCCCCAAGGCUUUCUCUCUCAAGAUCUUCUCUGUGGGCCCAGAGGAUGAAGGUGCCUACAGGUGUGCAGUGGCAGAGGUGGCGAGAACUCGGAUGGGCUUCUGGCAGGAGCUUCAGAGAAAGCAGUCUCCAGACAGCCACGUGCACCUGAGGACGCCCGCAGCAAGAAGUGUGGUUAUGUCUACUAAGAACAAGCAGCAAGCUGUGUGGGAAGGAGAGGCACUCACUCUUCUCUGCAAGGUGGGUGGACCUGAAAGUCCUCUGUCUGUGAACUGGUGGCACAUCCCACAGGGCCGGACACAGCCAGAGUUUGUGGCUGGCAUGGGGCAGGACGGCAUCGUGCAGCUGGGCGCCUCCGAUGGGAGACCCGGUUACCAUGGCAACACAAGGCUGGAGAAAGUGGACUGGGCCACCUUCCAACUGGAGAUCACCUCCACCACCCUCACAGACAGUGGCACGUACGAGUGCAGAGUGUCUGAGAGGACCCGGAACAAGGCCAGAGAUCUGAGCUGGACUCAGAAGACUUCAGUUACUGUAAAAUCUCUGGAGCUCAGUUUACAAGUUAGUCUGAUGAGCCGCCAACCGCAAGUGAAGUUAGGCAGCACCUUUGACCUGUUCUGCGUAGUAGGGGCCGACUACUCUGACCUCAAGCUGCCACUCACUGUGACAUGGCAGUUCCAGCCAGCUGGGGCACAAGACUUUUAUCAGCUUAUUCGGAUCACCCAUGAUGGCACUAUUGAAUGGGGGGAUUUCCUAUCCCAGUUCCAAAAGAAGACGAAGGUUUCACAGACUUCAUUUCGUCCUCAACUCCUAAUCCACGACGCCACUGAGGAAGAGAUGGGAAUGUAUCGGUGUAAAGUGGAAGUUUAUGACAGAAAUUCCUGGCACACCAAUGGCCCUGUGAGGGCUUCUGUCAUCUCUCACCCAUUGAAAAUAGCCAUCACUUUACCAGAGAGCAAGCUAGAAGUGAACUCAAGCAGUCAAGUCCAAGAGAUAUCCAUCAACUCCAACACUGCUAUAGAAUGUAGCAUCUUGUCCCGGUCCACUGGAAACUUUCCGUUAGCCAUUACUUGGUACUUUUCUCCCAUUUCCACUAGUGCAUCCUGGUUGAGGAUCCUGGAAAUGGACCAAACCAAUGUUGUGAAAUAUGGGGAUGAAUUUGACACUCCACAGAGAAAACCAAAAUUUCACACCAAGAAAGUUUCCCAAGACUUGUUUCAGCUACACAUUCUGAAUGUGGAAGACAGUGAUCAGGGCAAAUAUCACUGUGCUGUGGAGGAGUGGCUCUUGUCUACAAAUGGCAUGUGGCUCAAGCUCGGAGGAAGGAAGUCAGGACUGACAGAAUUGAAACUCAAGCCCACAGGAAGUCAGGUCCAUGUCUCCAAAGUGUACCAGACAGAAAAUGUCACUGAGCACAGAGAGGUGGCCAUCCGCUGCAGCCUGGAGAGUCUGGGCGGCUCGGCCUCCCUGUACUCUGUGAUGUGGUACAGAGAAAACUCUGGAAAUAAAUUGCUGGUGCACCUGCAGCACGAUGGCUUGCUGGAGUAUGGUGAAGAGGGGCUCAGGGGACAUCUGCACUGUUACCGCACGUCCCCUACAGAAUUUGUCCUGCAGCUUCGUCACGUGGCGAUGGAGGAUGCUGGACUGUAUUGGUGCAGGGUGACAGAGUGGCAGCUCCAUGGACACCCAAGCAAGUGGGUCAACCACGCAUCAGAUGAGUCCCAGCGAAUGGUGCUCACCGUGCUGCCUUCAGAGCCCUCUUUUCCUUCCAGGAUCUGCUCCUCCGUACCUCUGCUCUAUUUCCUCUUCAUCUACCCCUUUGUCCUGCUCUUUCUUCUGCUCCUUUCCCUUCUCUGCUUGUACCGGAAAGCCAGGGAGCUGUCGGCCCUGCGUUUCAGCGCACGGAAAGAAAAUUCCUUCUGGAUGGACUUGAAAGAGGCUGGCGGCGGGACCAUACAUGGAAGGAAGAAGAGGAGGACGAGGAAGACUGAACCCUGAGAGGCACCUGCAGCCAGAGGAGAGCAUGGGGGACUUUUGAAUGAGCUGCCCAGGUGGGAAGGAACCUGGUUCUGUCCUUCACUGUGUCUGUGGUUUGGGGCAAGUUACCUAGGAAUCGGAGGGCGCCUUUAUGGAGCUGUGUGGUGCGCCUGUGCUGCACAUUAAGUGUCUCUCUGUGGAUUACCUCACCCACCCCGCGCAGCCCCCUGAGCCAGACAGCACAGCUACUCCAUUGACAUUGACCACACCUGGAGAGAAGCACCUCCCAGCAACACCCUGGGGGGGCUUUCUCUCCUCUAUCCUGGUCACCCUGGCUCUAGACAAUCUUUUUCCUCUAGAUAAGUGGUGUAGGAAAGACCUGAUGCCAGCAAGGCAAAAGGAAUUGGGAACAUGCUCUUUGUUUACCUAAAAUCCACCUCCCCAGUGAGAAUGUAGCUUCCUUCAACGCAGAAAUGCAAUUCUCCUCCCCCAGGCCAUCCGCAAAUACCCACUCAAGAGCCAGCUCUGCAUAAUAGGUGCUUAGGUAAUAUAGGUUCUUUGACAAAAUGAUAAAACAUUUUGUAGCCUGAGUUCUGGGGGACUUUGCUUGUUUGGUAAGACUUAUUAAGAAAUUGCUGAAGAAAAACUUUUUUAAAAAUGUCGUGCAACUGUGCUCUACUUCACCAACCCCCAAACCUCAAAGCUCCCUUUCUUCCCCUCCCCACCUCCCUGCCAAAGGCACCAUCUGGCGUCCACCCAGUGCUGAGCCAAUCCCUUAUAUUCUUUGAGCAACAGCACUGGGCAGUGGGACAGGGUGCUGUGGCUGUCUGGAGGGGGGCUGAACAGUACCACAUCCCCUCCUAUUCCAGGGCUCAUUCCUCAGGGUCCCCUAUUCUCAGCCUGGAAAAGUCUGAGGGGAGGGGGUGUGUAAUGGCUUAAGGCUUUCAACAACUGUCCCCGCUGGGCCUGUGGUCCUCUCACCUUUUGUUUCAAAAGCUGCUCAGGCCCCUAUCGUAGCCAGAAUUUGGAAAUCAGUUAGUGCCACCUAACAGACAUGAGAAAACACAUCUAUUUAUUGUCUCUGUGACCAACAGGGUUGCUUUAAUGCUCGUUAAUUUGCAUUUCCAAGGAGAGCAAUUUAUUUUUAAUUAUUUUAUCAGGCACACACGUCCUCUCCAAACAUAAUUAGUUCCUUUGCAAGGAGAUUAUUGAUGGCUAUGAGAACUCCCACCGUAGACCUACCAGUUCCUUGAAUUCAUGUCCCUUUAUAGUCUCGCUUGAAAUGCUUCAAAUGUUUCCUUAAACAUGUCAACACAUUUCUUCUCUCCCAGGUAAGGGAGCAUACUUUUACAGAAAACAAAGCUGAAAUGAAGAUUUCUUAGAAAGUAUGAUGAUCCUUCCCCCUCAGUAUUUAGAAACCUGUAUUUUAAUUGGGAUUUGAAAGGAAAGAAUGGAACUGUGAGCGGUCAGAUAAUCACACCUGCCUGGAGCACCCUUUCCCCCACCCCCUCACCCUUCACCUGGGCACUGCCCUUCCACUCUUAGCUCAAACACCUCUUCUUCACACGUGAACCCAGCACAGAGCAGACCCUCAAAUAUGAAAGCGUGCCAGCCAGAGCAAACCCGGGAAGUAGGGUUUCCAGGGAGCACCCCCGUGGUGACUCAGACACAGCCCCACUCCCCUAGCAUGGCCGCCUUGUUUGUCCUUGAUGCUCUGCUUUCAUUAACAGCAUCCAGAGCACAUGCGAUUUUCUAAGCAGCUUUUUGUCCCACAAUAAGUUUCAGGCAACAAAAACCCCAAAGUCUUCUCCUUUUUUCCUUUUGAACUUCCAGAUUAAAAAUUUGUCUUGGUCCAAUCUGGCAGAUAUUUUUACAUGAAAUCUCUUCUCUUUCCAGUUAUAUACUUGUUCAUUUUAGUUUUUGAAACUUAAUGGAGAGCUUUACUUUUACUCAUCGAUUUUAACUUUUCCAUUUUAUGUCACCACCUGGUUUUACUUUCGGCUUUUUGUGUCGUAAAUCCUCCUUGGCAACAGGAGAGGGGUUGGCAAACUAUGGCCCAUGGACCAAAUGUGGCCCACUAUCUAUUUUUUAAAAUACAAUAUAUUGGAAUACAGUCACUCCCAUUAACUUAUAUACAAUCUACAGCUGCUUUCAUGAUAAAAUGACGGAGUUGAGUCGUUGCUACAGAGACCAUAUGAUCCACAAAGCCUAAAAUGUUUACUAUCUGGCCCUACAGAAAAAGUUUGCCAGCCUCUAGUCUCUUCUAAUGGGGUUAAUGUUCUGUCUCUCUUUGACGUGUAUUGUUACAGCAGGUGGUCCCAAGGACAAACCGACAAAGGGAAAGUCGGAGAAAGGGCUCAGAGGGGCCUUGCCACCAAAUUCUGAACACUGUCUACCCAAUUUUUCCUGCUUUUAUUAAGUUGGGGUGAUCCAAGGGGUGGGGUACCAGGUGUAGGUUAGUUGAUCUGUCAGGCAAUAGGCUCAGGUUAUGCUGAUGCACCAAAAUAGUAGCGUAGUUGAUGCACCAGGCAAUAGAUUUAGUGUUAUGCUGAGGUCAGGCAAUAGCCUAGUUGAUGGGCCAGGAAACAGGUUAGUACUAUGCUGAUGUGGGUCCUUUGUAAGUGGUGGGGGUCUCAGGUGCCUGAGGUGCCAAGUAAUAGAUGGGAGUUUCCCUUAUCAGUAUCACAUUCCUGAGAAAAUUGAUUUGACCUAUUACUAUUUGAAUCUGUUGUAUAUCUGAUUAAUUUAAUAAAUAAUCCUAGGCUCUCAAGAUUGGUGUCUAGUCCAAGCCAUUCUGAAGUUUGACUCCUCUCUACCAGGUUUAUACUAGAGGUGGGAAGCUUACCACCCCCGUGGUCCACACCAUUGCACUGAGCACCCAUGCUGUGCAAGACACACGGUGACACAGACAUGAUGAGGGCAUGGUUGCUCCUUUCAUUAUUUUUAAUGUAUUGAGAAAUGUAUAGAAAUAACUGACUUAUGGCAGAAGAAUACAACUGUAGAAAGUCAUAUGCCAUAAUAAUUUUUAAAAAUUAUACACGAUUUAUUCAUCAUGUCAGAGUUUUCAUGGCAUCCUCAUAUAAAAGAGAUUAUUAUUCCUGUCCUACAGGUAAGGAAUUAAAGCUCAGAGAAGCUGGUAUUUAUCUAGGAUCACCCAGCCAUAUGGAGAAGAGUAAGAGCUCAAAUUUAAGUCUGCUGAGAAGUCCUGGGCUCUUUCCACAAUAAACUAUGCUCACAUCCAUUGCUAUGGGGAAAAUCUGGAGAUAAUAAUACCUACCUCAUAUGGUUGUUAUGGUGAUCAAGUCACAUACUUAUAUGGAGGGAAGUUUUAAACCAUUUCAAGACAUAAAUGAAUGGCAGCAUAACUCAAGUUUUUCUAGACCUUACCUGUCUAUGCACAUAAAUGAAAUGAAAUGAAAUCAAUAGUAAUAAUCCAAAU